CCGUCACAAAAUUACGGACUCCCCCUUCGAGUGUGACGUCAUUUAUGGACGACCCCUAAGCCAUAGACUACGGUACUGAUACGAAGGUAAAAUAUCAAGUUGCUGUCCAAGUACCACCAUGACGAUACUAGCUAAAGUACCGGCGUACCCUGGUCACGGGGCUACCCCCAGUCCCAGGGGCGGACCCAGGGUCAAGGCCGAGGGUGAACCCAACUACAUCAAGGGACAGGGCACGGUCAAAGAGCGGGUGUUUGAUGACACGGCGCCCCUGGUCAGAACCCCCAAGCCCAGUCCUAGAUGCCCAACUUCCUGUUCCAGAGAGAAUUAUAAGCUGGGCUGGUAUGGCAACGUCUCACCUUUGUUGAAAGGGGCAGCGACACCUCGCCCAGAGACGGCACCCUAUCGAGUCAAACCAGAGGCGGAGGCCACGGCUUUCAUCAGCAGGGGACCCCGCAUGAGGUGUAUCAUCAACGAAUACGCCCGGCGGGGCGCUAGUCCCAGGGAGCCGAGGGUUAAACCGGAAGCGGCUGAAACAGCAGAAGUCAGCAAGGGUGGCAGGAUGCACAACCUCCUUCACAAAUACGGCUCGCUGCCACUGUCGGCCCGAGCAGUGCCUCGUCUAAAAUUAGAAGCCGAGCCCAUCGCCGAGUUGAGCCGCGGUGAGCAGAUGAAACAAACGCUACACAACUACGGCCUCAACACGCCUGCGCGCGCACCGGAACCACGUGUCAAACCGGAAGGGGAAGACAACGCAGAGCUGAACAAAGGCAAGCGGAUGGGGAACAUACUUCACAAGUACGGCCACGCCCCGUUAAGCGCGCGGGCCGUCCCGAGGGUGAAACCGGAAGGUUCCGGAAAUGCUUUUUUGGACUCUGGGAUCAGGAUGGGUCGUCUGAUGCAUGAGCCCCGGGGCAUGCCCUGCUCGCCCCGCCCCGCCCCGAGAACAAACACAACUCAGGCGAAGCAGAACGCGUUGAAAGGACGCGGGAGUAUGGAUUUGGUGUUUGAUAAUAUUGCCAGGAAGACGUUUGUUUACUUGCCUGGCCAACAGGCUAAACAGUAUGUCAGGGCCAGUAUUGGCUGAGUUUAGAUUUGUUCUCAUGUUUUCAUAUUAUUAGUCAGGUUUUUUUUUUAGUAUAGAAUUUGUUAAUUUUAUAAUGUCGAUGCUGGAUGAAAAAUAAAUGUGUGUAUGGUUUCUUAUGUUUAACACAGUUAUCAGUAAUUGGAUUAUGACACACCAGAGGCGU